UGAAACACAUGUAUCAUCAAGUUGUAUUUGUGAAUGAUGUAAUUGCCUGCAUUAUCUUUUUAUUGUGGUGACUUGAUAGAAAGUUUCAAACUUUGGGACAUUCACAGGGAGUGCUGAUUUAUGAGCAAAGCGCUAUAUCAAAUACAGAGUUGAAUGGUGACUUCUGAAAUGAAAUCCUAAAACUAUUUGCUUAAAAAAAGCACAUGUGGAGUUUUUAAAAAGGGUUGGGUUGUUUGUUUUUUUUUGCACAACCCACUUGAAAAGCUUUCUUAAAUAUUCUUCCAUUCUUCAUGUUGCAGAAUUGUAUGAUAGUUAAAAAUACGCUAAAUGGAGGCUGGAAAGUGGGAACAGAUUUAAAGUUUAUUUGAAGUCUUAAGUACUGCUACUAGAGCAUUAAUUAUAAAUUGGUUAUAUUGUUAUAAGCAAGUGGAAAUUCAGUAAUGUGUAUGGAUUGAGGGAAAAAAGGAUUAAAUAAAUGUUGUCAGUUCAAAGUGUGACUGUUGAGAAGUUGAGAAAGGUCAUCUGAAGAAGAAGAAUACAACUUUUGUAUACCAUGGAAGAGUGCAUUCAGACAGGAUAUUGAUUUAUUGAGAACAAAUGUGUUCAACAAAUGAAGACUGGUUCCUACCUGUGCUUACAGUCUUAGUUAGGGAGCAUGGGGAAAAAAGCUAUGCCCACAUCUGAGGGUAUUUGCCAGUGUUGACCAGUGAAUGCAUGAGUAAAUAUGGAGAACCACCUGUUGUUUAAUUGUCGUGACACACAACCCAGCAUAGUGCGCUCUGAUGAAUGUAGCAAUAUUGAUUUUGGAUUUCACAUUUCUGAUGAUAAAGAUAUUUUGGAUGGAUUGUUGAGUCAGGACCAUGGAGAGCUCUGUCAUAGAGUCCUCUGUCUGGAGAAGAAGGUCCAGCAGCAGGAGGACGAGAUUGUCUGUUUGAAGAGUGCUCUAGCAGACGUCAUCAGAAGACUGGGGCAGGUGGAGGCCAGUAAAGCACAAAGCUCGGUGUUGCCUAGUAAGCCCAGUAUUCGAGGAACACCUACUCGGAGAGUAGAGAAAUCUUUCACCAGUCCCCUGGAUAAUGCCCAUAUUACACCCAACAAAAGGUCCACAACUCCCACACAACGAAGUGCUGCAUCCCCACGUACUAGCACAUCAAACAAAAAAUGGUCUUCCAUGUCAAACUCGCUGGAUUCCUCUAGUUUCCAUAGGGAUGGCCAGAUUAGCAAACCUGUUGAACCGAAAUCUAGCAAACCUGUUGAACCAAAAUCUAGCAAACCUGUUGAACUGAAACGAAAAAUUAGUAAAAGCUAUGAGCAAGAGAAUUCUGGUGGCCGGAGAGGAAAGAAGGGGUCCAAAGCACGUAGUAGAGAUCCGGAGUGGAGAUCAGAGGAAGGAUAUGUGAAAAUCUACCUCAGAGGGCGUGCUAUCAAUCUGUACGCUCCCACCUCUGUGGAAAAUGUGGAUGUAGCCAGCGUGGCAGAUCCACCUUCUGAAAAGCUGCAGCUGGAAUGGGUUUAUGGAUACCGGGGCAGGGACUGUCGAUCGAACCUGUACUACCUCUCCACCGGGGAAAUCAUCUACUUCGCUGCGGCCGCAGUCGUUCUCCACAAUGUGGAAGAGAACACGCAGCGGCACUACCUGGGCCACACUGACGACGUCAAAUGCUUGGCCAUCCAUCCUGACCAAGUGCGAGUGGCAACAGGACAGGUGGCAGGUCAUGACCAGAAGGAGGGCAAGAGAAAGGCUGGGAAAAAAGAUAUCCCUGAAGCUGAUAAAGAUCAUUGGCCCCAUGUGAGGAUUUGGGACACCAUGAACCUGAACACUCUUCAUGUGAUUGGGAUAGGAGAUUUUGACAAGGCCGUCAGUUGUCUGUCCUUCUCCAAACUGGAUGGAGGAAAUCAUUUAGUUGUGGUGGAUGAGGCGAACGACCAUGUCAUGUCUGUAUGGGACCUCAGUAGAGCUCAUCCCAAGAAAAUAACAGAGACCAAGAGCUCAACAGAGCCAGUAUUGGCUGCAGAGUUCCACCCUCUAGAGAAAGGCAGCAUCAUCUCUUGUGGUAAAGGUCAGAUCUCAUUCUGGACAUUAGAAGGCGGCUCCUUGGCCAAGAAAACUGGCAUAUUUGAUAAACACGAUAAACCCAAGUUUGUAUUGUGUGUAGCAUUUGCUGAAAAUGGAGAUGUCAUAUCUGGUGAUUCCAAUGGAAACAUUUUCAUCUGGCCAAAAGGAAACAACAGAAUAUCAAAGGCUAUUGAGGGAGUACAUGAGGGUGGAAUUUUCUCACUGUGUGUGAUGAAGGAUGGCAGUGUUCUGUCUGGAGGAGGGAAGGACAAAAAGGUCAUUCAGUAUGAUAGCUCCUACACAAAAACGGGAGUAGAAACUGAGAUCCCAGAGAACUAUGGAGGGGUGCGGAUGCUGAGUCAGGGUAAGGGAGGAAUGAUUCUGGUGGGAACGACCAGGAACUGUAUCCUUCAGGGCACUGUGGACCUCCAGCUCAAUCCGAUUGUCCAGGGUCACAUGGAUGAGUUGUGGGGACUGGCCUCUCACCCCAGUCAGCAUCAGUUUUUGACCAGCGGAUCGGACAAACAGGUCCAUAUGUGGGACAGCAUGAGUCGAUCUGUCGUUUGGUCCAAGGAGCUCUCUGACCCAGCCCACAGCUGCUGUUUUUAUCAUGAUGCAAGUGUGGUUGCCAUAGGAACAGAGACAGGAAGAUGGUUGGUGUUGGAUUGUGAAACUCACGAAAUUGUCACCAGUCAUACAGAUGGCAAUGAACAGAUCGAGUGUGUUCUGUAUUCACCAGAUGGGAAAUAUCUUGCCCUUGGAUCUCGAGACAAUCACAUUUAUAUCUAUGAGGUGACCGAGGAUGGCAAGAAAUACUCUAGGAUUGGACGGUGUACUGGACACAGCAGCUUUGUGACACAUCUGGACUGGUCCAGUGAUAGCGUACAUUUGUGUAGUAAUUCAGGAGACUAUGAAGUUCUGUACUGGAAGGUUCCAGCAUGUAAACAGGAGACAUCCAUUUCUGCUGUCAGGGAUACCGAAUGGGCUUCUGGAAAUUGUACCCUAACUUUUAAUGCUGCAGGAGUCUGGCCAGAAGGUGCCGAUGGGACUGAUGUGAACAAUGUGUGUAGAUCAAACAAUGGUAAAAUCCUAGCCAGUGCUGAUGACUUUGGAAAAGUUAACCUGUACAAGUCCCCAUGUUGCCAACCAAAGGCAAAGAAGCAUAUUUACAAUGGUCACAGCAGUCAUGUAACUAAUGUCAGUUUCCUGUUCGAUGAUUCGAGACUACUGUCGACGGGUGGCCGAGACAUGUCAAUCAUGCAGUGGCAAGUCGUGUAAAUGGUUCUAUUGUUAUUUAGGUACCUGUUAGACAUUAUACAAAGCGAAAUGUCUUGAGACAGUAUAAUUGUUAUACAUGUAUUUUGUAAUUUGCAGUAAGUAGUGAUAUAUGUACACGUUUUCUACCAUUUUGUAUUGUUACAUUUAUAGUUAACAAAUUGUAUAUCUGUUCUCGUGUAUGGUGUUUUGUCUUCAUGUUCUCAUUAUAUACAGUAUUGAUUUUUUCUUGUUAAACAUGUAAGAUUUUUUUCAACCAGGGUUUGGAUUAAUUUUAUUGGAGUUGUACGUGUUACCUUUUUAUCAGGAUAUAAGCCAAGAAUUUCAGCAUUUCCUAAUUAAAUAUCGUAUUUAUAAUUUGUGGAUGAUAAAAUACAUUUCCAUUUAAAGUAUGAUGUACAUGUCAUUUAGUGUCAUACAUAUGUAUGAAUUUGUGUACCUCUUGGUUAGUGAAAAGGUUUCUUCUGUUUUCAGUGUUGGGUGUGGGAUUUGUUACUGUCUAGGAAGUGUUCAUAUUUUAUAUUUAUAUUAGACAAUGAUACCUGAAUGUUUAGGAAUGUGUUUGUGUAACUUCUAACUGGACAGGUAGGGGAAUUUUCUUAAGUGUUCAAUUAAUAUGAUAGAUUUUAGAAUAAGAGAGACAUGUAUAUAUGGAUAAUAUGAACCCUUUUCAGUAUUUCAUGUAAUUGUACAGGGCAGUUGUUGUCAGUUUAUUCAAGCUUUUACAGUUUCAAAGAUUUGAUUAAAAGUUUCUGUCAAAUGUAUUUACUUUUUAAUGUGCAAUACUGAAGUGAUGUGUUUUGAUUAGUGCUAGAAUCUGUUAAAGUAUGUUUUGAAAUGAAAAGCAGUUGCAGUAUCAUGAAUUCUCAGCAGAUGACUGGGAUGUUUAUAAACACUGAAAGAAAUUUUGUGAACAAAGGAAUCCUUUAAUUUUUUUUUUCUUUAUGUAGACUUAUACUAUGUAUGUGUACAGAUAUAUCUCUAUAUUCUUGUUUCUAUAUACACCAAUGAUCUUUAAUAAAAGAAUUGGUUUCAUCAU